UUUCGUCUUUCUUGUGAGUUAGAUACAUCUUGGUUCAUCCGCUUUAGGGUAUUUAUGGAACAUAUAGCAGGACAAAAAAUCUAUUUGACCUUUGGAUUUGACUCAAGAACUUACUCAUGGAUACAGUCCAGGGUACAGGUGGAAUUCAAACUCAAUGAAUUUGGAGCAACAAUUCGGCCUUCCCAACAGAACAAUGUUCACCUUAAAGUGGCGAGGCAAAAUCAUCUCACAAAACAAACUGCAGCAGCUUUUGUGAAUGGGCUAGUUUGGAGCACCUAUCCAACUACCUUGACUAUACUUGGCUAUUGUCGUGGUAUGAUUGAGUACUUGUGUAAAAAGUUAGCUAGCAAAGGCCGAGAUGGAUGUUGUUGUGAGCAGUUUUGCAAUAAAUUUUGGUGGCAUAACAUAGAAGAUUUUGAAGCUAAGAGCGGAAAUAUAGACAUGAAAGAGAAUUUAGCAUCUAUGGUGAAGAUGCACAACAAUAGUACAGAGAAAUCUUGUUUCACAUUUAAGUGGCGCUUCGAUCUCCAUUGAAUGGUUCAUAGCAGUGUACUUGCUGAUAUGUUUCAUAUCUAAAAGCUGAAUCAAAGACAUGAAAGAUAAGUUAGCAUCUCUCCACACAAAACAAGUACUAUAGAUUCAAAUGGGGGGAAAUAGAAAUAAUAACUGUUACCUUUAAUUGUUGUUUGGUAUCCUAGUGGAAUGGAAACAAUUGAAAGGAUUAUGAUUGAGGAAGGAAACGUGAUUUGUUUCCACUAGUUUGAUAAGGGUAAUAAAUGGGGGGAUUAUGUUUCCCCUUGGAAACGGUAUUUGUUACUUAACACUCAUACCAAACAAUUAGAAAUGGAAACACUUAUUUGAAUC